AUGAAGUACAUAAAUUUGAUAAUUUUUAUUGCUGUCGUGUCUAAGUCAGUUGAGGCAUGGCCUAUAGAUAAUUUUUUUGAUAAUUCUGGCUUUGAUUUUAAUCAAUUUGGUUCGAAAGAUGAAACUGGGGGUUUUGAAAUUAACUCUCCAGUUCCGAAUGCAGGUGCACCUCAAUCUAAUGAGCCUUCAUUCGUAAAAGAAGCACAGCCUGAAAUUCCUACAUUUGUGAACGAUCAAGAACCCGCUGUUCAAUCACUUGUGAGUGCACCUGAACUUUCAUCAUUUGUGAAUCCACCUGAAGUCCCGUCAUUUGUGAAUGCUCCUGAACUACCAUCAUUUGUGAAUCCACCUGAAGUUCCGUCAUUUGUGAAUGCUCCUGAACUACCAUCAUUUGUGAACCCACCCGGAAUUCAAUCGUUUGUGAAUGCUCCUGAACUUCCAUCAUUUGUGAAUUCACCUGAACUUUCAUCAUUUGUGAAUCCACCUGAAGUUCCGUCAUUUGUGAAUGCUCCUGAACUACCAUCAUUUGUGAACCCACCUGGAAUUCAAUCGUUUGUGAAUGCUCCUGAACUUCCAUCAUUUGUGAAUUCACCUGAAGUCCCGUCAUUUGUGAAUGCACCUGAAAUUUCAUCAUUUGUGAAUCCACCUGAAGCCCCGUCAUUUGUGAAUGCACCUGAACUUUCAUCAUUUGUGAAUCCACCUGAAGUCCCGUCAUUUGUGAAUGCUCCUGAACUACCAUCAUUUGUGAAUGCACCCGGAAUUCAAUCGUUUGUGAAUGCUCCUGAACUACCAUCAUUUGUGAAUUCACCUGAAGUCCCGUCAUUUGUGAAUGCACCUGAAAUUCCAUCUUUUGUGAAUGCACCCGGAAUUCAAUCGUUUGUGAAUGCACCUGAACUACCAUCAUUUGGGAGUCCACCUGAAGUCCCGUCAUUUGUGAAUGCACCUGAAAUUCCAUCGUUUGUGAAUGCACCCGGAAUUCAAUCGUUUGUGAGUGCACCUGAACUGCCACCAUUUGUUAAUGCACCUGAGCUUCCAUCAUUUGUGAAUCCACCUGAAGUCCCGUCAUUUGUGAAUGCACCUGAAAUUCCAUCUUUUGUGAAUGCACCCGGAAUUCAAUCAUUUGUGAAUGCUCCUGAACUUUCAUCAUUUGUGAAUUCACCUGAAGUCCCGUCAUUUGUGAAUGCACCUGAAAUUUCAUCUUUUGUGAAUGCACCCGGAGUUCCAUCAUUUGGAAAUGCACCUGAACUUUCAUCGUUUGUGAAUCCACCUGAAGUUCCGUCAUUUAUGAAUGCACCUGAACUGCCAUCAUUUGUGAAUGCACCUGAGCUUCCAUCAUUUGUGAAUCCACCUGAAGUUCCGUCAUUUGGAAAUGCUCCUGAACCUCCAUCAUUUGUGAAUGCUCCUGAACUGCCAUCAUUUGUGAAUGCACCCGGAAUUCAAUCGUUUGUGAAUGCACCUGAGCUGCCAUCAUUUGUGAACGCACCAGGAAUUCAAUCGUUUGUGAAUGCACCUGAACUGCCAUCAUUUGUGAAUCCACCUGAAGUUCCGUCAUUUGGAAAUGCUCCUGAACCUCCAUCAUUUGUGAAUGCUCCUGAACUGCCAUCAUUUGUGAAUGCACCCGGAAUUCAAUCGUUUGUGAAUGCACCUGAGCUGCCAUCAUUUGUGAACGCACCAGGAAUUCAAUCGUUUGUGAAUGCACCUGAACUGCCAUCAUUUGUGAAUCCACCUGAAGUUCCGUCAUUUGGAAAUGCUCCUGAACCUCCAUCGUUUGUGAGUGCACCUGAACUGCCAUCAUUUGAGAACGCACCAGGAAUUCAAUCGUUUGUGAAUGCACCUGAACUGCCAUCAUUUGUGAAUGCACCUGAGCUUCCAUCAUUUGUGAAUCCACCUGAAGUUCCGUCAUUUGGAAAUGCUCCUGAACCUCCAUCAUUUGUGAAUGCUCCUGAACUGCCAUCAUUUGUGAAUGCACCCGGAAUUCAAUCGUUUGUGAAUGCACCUGAACUACCAUCAUUUGUGAAUUCACCUGAAGUCCCGUCAUUUGUGAAUGCACCUGAAAUUCCAUCUUUUGUGAAUGCACCCGGAAUUCAAUCGUUUGUGAAUGCACCUGAACUGCCAUCAUUUGUGAAUCCACCUGAAAUUCCAUCAUUUGUGAACGCACCAGGAAUUCAAUCGUUUGUGAAUGCACCUGAACUGCCAUCAUUUGUGAAUCCACCUGAAGUCCCGUCAUUUGUGAAUGCACCUGAAAUUUCUCCAUUUGCACCAAAAUCACAGGAUCCAGCUUCAAAUUCAAUCCAAAAUAUGCCUGAAGACCUAGCCAAGCAGUUUUUUGAACCUCAAGCUCCAGCAUCGCAAUCAAACCUUUCAUUUGGUAAUGGAUUAAUCCCCAAUUAUUCAUUUUAA